AAGGAGCAUUACUCUCCUGUCGGCGAAACAAUGAAGUCUCUGGUAUUGCUACUACUCGUCAUUCUUUGCCUGGUUGGAAUGGCCCCAGCUCAGAGGAAGAAGAGGGACUUGGAAAUUUGGAUUCGACCAGAUCAAAACCCAAAAAACAACCAAGUUAUAGGCCUAGGUAAACCAAUUUGUUAUCCAUAUUGCUUUCAAUAAUAUACCGAUGUGUCUAUAUGCAAA